UUGGCGAAAUAAAACCAACAAAAAAACCGCAAAUCGAAAUCGAUGCAAGUUUAACGGAGUUAUUUGGGGAAAACCCAAAUUCACACCUGAGCGACUUUGUGAAUCGCGCGGUUUUGGUCCUUGGCACCCACAAUGCACUAGUGUGACGUCACUACAUGGACCGACCAUUUUGAAAACAAAGGAGAGAGUGAAUUUUCGAGGACGUUUUUAGAGCUUUAUUUAUAUUUCUAGUGACUUUUGUGAACUUUUGUUGUACAGCGAUCGUAGUAUGUAGUGUUUAGUUUGUUUAAAAUUAGUUUUUAGAAUUUUUUCCAUUUGAUUUUUGUGAAAUUUUUGUGUGAACUGAGGAUGUCGGAGACCCCCGUCCCCAGAGCAGAUUCCAGAGGAAGACGAUGUGUCGCGGGCGGCUGCAGCAACACAAAGAUGGAGGGAAUUAGCCUACAUUACUUUCCCUUUGACAGACCUGCCGUUUUGCGAAGAUGGAUACAGUUUGUACAACAGUACAGACGAGAUUGGAAGGGUCCCUCGAAGACGUCCACGUUGUGCUCCGUCCACUUCACUGAGGAUGCGUACCCUGCCAAGUACAAGAUUAUGGAGUCGGUGGGAGUGACAGUGCCCAGAAAGGACCUCAAUAAGGAUGCCAUUCCUACACUGCAGACGAAAGUGGGCCCUUCCACCACACCGGCAUUGGCACUUGGGAAACGGAAAGCCCAUCCUACGACACCUCUUACUAGCACCCCGAAGAAGCCUAGGAGGGCUUAUCUCAGAAGGGAAUCCAAAAGAAUAGUAUUAGAGUUUGAGCAGGCAAGGAGAGAGUCCAAGUCCGACACCCUAACUGAAGCUGGCCGUGACGGAUGUAAUCCCCAGGGGGUUGAAGGCACACAGACAGAGCAGCAGAGGUCUGACGAUACACGGCAGCAGGGGUCGGGUGAUGCACCAGAGCAGCAGAGGUCUGACGAUAUACCAAAGCAGCCGGGGUCUGACAAUACACCAGAGCAGCAGAGGUCUGACGAUAUACCAAAGCAGCCGGGGUCUGACAAUACACCAGAGCAGCAGAGAUCCAUUAACACACCAACCAUUGAAUUAGAUGAAGAGAGAUGUACCAAUGUCGUAGAGAUGGUUGCAAAAGAGACAAGGACUGUAGGGUGCCAACGUUCCUUGACUAAGCCAAUGAGAAAGUCCCACUACACCCAAACCAAAUGGAAGACCAGCGACAAAGUGGUGCAGGCAGGUAAUCCUGUGAAGACCAGGGAUGUUGGAAUUGCCUGUGAACUUCUGCCAGCUCCUCCCCUAAGACGACUGGGAGAACCAGAGACACCUGUACUACGUGAAGAGUGUGCAGACACAACGUUCUCUUCUAUUGGUACAGAUGACGGUUCAGAUGAGGAGGACGAAUCAGUUCACGACGACUCAUUCAGUAGCAUUGACUCAGAAGAUCUGCUGGAAGCCGACAGAGGGGAUAGGAGAGGAAUGAAGUUUAUAGUGUACCAUAGUCAACUCAUGGAUCUCUUUGCAACAUGCCCAAGAUGUGCCAGCCCAUCCUUGGCAGACAUCGUUCACUCAAAGGGAACCUUCAUUUCUGUUCGUCAAGAGUGUGGAUGCUGUCGUUUCAGCAGAAUUUGGUCAAGCCAGCCCCUUAUUGGUGCCAUCCCAGCUGGGAAUUUUGAACUGUCAUGUGCCAUUUUGUUUUCUGGGUCCUUGCCGACAAAGUCCAUUCGGAUGUUGCAAUUUAUGGACAUUGCUACAAUCUCAGUGAGGACCUUCAUGAAUCACCAACAGCAUUACUUACAUCCCACCAUUCUUAGUGUUUGGAAGAACCACCAGAACCAGUAUGUACAGCAGAUUCAGGACUCUGGUCAGCCAGUUCGUUUGGGCGGAGAUGGGAGGGCCGACACUCCAGGUCACUGUGCCAAGUUUGGCAGCUACACGGCCAUGGAUUUGGACAAAAACAUCGUCAUUGAUGUCCAACUUGUACAGAGCAAUGAGGUCGGGGGAAGCUGUCGUAUGGAGAAGGAAGGGCUGAUAAGAGUUGUCCAAUUCCUACAACAGAACAACAUUGAAGUCUGCCAGCUCAUAACAGACCGACAUCUUCAGGUGGCGAAAUGGGUUCGGGAGAAUAUGCCAGACACUACACACUAUGUGGAUGUUUGGCAUGUUGCAAAAGGUCUGAAGAAGAAGCUGACAGCCCUCGGCAAGGAAAAAGACUGUGAGAGGUUGAUGGAGUGGAUCAAGAGCAUUGUCAACCACCUGUACUGGGUCCCCACUUCCACACCAGAAGGCAGCAAUGAAUUGAGGUGGGAGAAAUGGGUCAGCGUCUUCAACCACAUCCAGAACAUCCACGAGGGACAUGGUGAUCUCUUUGAGAGAUGCGAACAUGCAGAAUUAGACGAAGCUGCACGACGGAAAAGAUGGCUGAGACCUGGUACCAAAGUAGUGGAGAAGCUGGAAGCCAUCAUCACCUCAAGGCAGAUGAAGAAAGAUAUUCCAAUGCUUUCACCUGAUGUUCAGACAUCCAGUCUAGAGGCCUACCAUUCGGUGAUUAACCAUUAUGCCCCAAAGAUGAACAAGUUUUCCUAUCAUGGGAUGCAGAGUCGAUUGCUCAUUGCUGCAAUGCAUUUCAAUGAAAAUGGACAGAAUCUGCAGGCUACUACAAAGGAUGGUAAACCCAGGUACAGCAUCACUUUCCCAAAACAAAAGAAGGGCGACUACACAGUGAAGAAAAUCAAAACAAAUAACACAUAUGGAUACGUUGAGUCACUCAUGGUUGAGGCUACUUCCCGAGUCAGGGACACUCCAAUGCCACGCUGUGAGCCUGACGAAAUGCCAGAUGAUCCACCUCCACUGUGUGCGGAUUUCCUUCAUCCGGAGAAAGAUGAGGCCAUCGAUCAUCACGUCACUCGCUUCCGGCGCAACUAAACCCGGUAUAGUGUCCAUCUUCCUCAGGAUAAGUGGUGCGGAUCUUAUGGACUGCACAAGCUGGGAGAGGUACCCUCACUUCCUUUCCAAGCCAUCCCCAGCACCAUCGAACCAGCUGCCGAUAUCCGAUAUAUCUCAUGCGCCUACAACAUAAAGAUAAUUUGUACUUGUUAUGAAUACUUGUUACUGUUUUUAUAUAUUAAUAAAUAUUUACAUAGAUAUUUUGUUGUUAGCUCUCUCUGUGUUGUAUACGUACACUGAUUUUGUUAAAGAAAAUUGUUUGUUUUGUUUUCUAUUCUAUAUUUUAAAAUAUACAUUUUUUUUUUAUUGUUAUCCUGUAUUCUUGCAUAUUUGAUGAGUUAUUAUUUUUUGUUAGC